GGCUCAAAUACGAUCGGAAGCCAUCUUGAAGGUUCGGAUGAGAAAAAGCCUCAUUCGUGCUCUCGGCUUAGUCAGCUACAAAUUGACACAGCUUAAAAAUAUAUAUUGAAAAACAAAAGACGAUUUUCUUCGCUUAUCUGAGGGUUUGUAUAAAUCCACUGUCGAGGACGCAGCGGCUCGGAGCUACCGGAGAUGGCCAGCUCUAACAAGUCGACCAGUACUUGAGAAGCCAGUUAAUCCCUCCCAGAGUUUGGAUCCAGACACCUGCUGUCAAGCGCCACACUUGCGAAAACCGAACUGCUUAUUAAGCCUCUAUUCCCAACAGAAAUCUGUUCAAAAACAUGAAAGGGAUUUUUUAUUUUUUAUUUAUUUUUUUUGCUUCAUGUCCCACAAAUGGCAACAUUGUGUAGUUAGUGGCAGGGAAAAAUAUUUGGACACAUUGUAUAGAAAACACAUCCCUGAGAGGGAAGGACUACUUUUGUGAGUGUUUCCAGCUGAGUGGAUUCACUCCCCACUUGAGGUUCAUCGUUGUUGGACUGAGAAGCUAAGGAGGAAACAUGAGCACUGCCAGGACGGAGAACCCGGUCAUCUUGGGCUUGUCGAACCAGAAUGGACAACUCCGGGGCUCAGUGAAGCCGACCGGAGCGCCGGGUGGCGGCGGCGGAGGCCUCCAGCAACAGCCGCUAAAUCAGAUGAAAGGCACAAUUAAUGGCAAACCCCUGACUGCUCCUGCGACUAACUCUGUCAUCAAGCCUGGAGAUGACUGGAAGAAAAAUUUGAAAUUGCCUCCAAAGGACAUGAGGAUGAGAACUUCGGAUGUGACGGCGACAAAAGGCAACGAGUUUGAAGAUUACUGCCUCAAGAGGGAGCUGCUUAUGGGCAUCUUUGAGAUGGGCUGGGAAAAGCCGUCUCCCAUCCAGGAGGAAAGCAUUCCCAUCGCGUUGUCAGGGAGGGAUAUCUUGGCCAGAGCCAAGAACGGCACAGGGAAGAGUGGAGCCUACCUCAUUCCCUUACUUGAACGCAUUGACCUGAAGAGGGACUACAUACAAGCAUUGGUCAUAGUGCCCACCAGAGAACUGGCUCUGCAGGUAAGCCAAAUAUGUAUCCAGGUCAGCAAACACAUGGGGGGCGUGAAGGUGAUGGCAACCACGGGUGGAACCAACCUACGCGAUGACAUCAUGAGACUGGAUGAAACGGUUCAUGUGGUCAUUGCCACUCCAGGGAGGAUUUUAGACCUCAUCAAGAAAGGAGUGGCCAAAGUCAGUCAAGUGCAGAUGAUUGUUCUUGAUGAGGCUGACAAACUCCUGUCUCAGGACUUUGUGGUCAUGAUGGAAGAGAUUCUGGGCUUCCUCUCCAAACAGAGACAGAUUUUGCUUUACUCUGCUACCUUUCCCCUAAGCGUCCAGAAGUUUAUGAAUUCGCACCUGCAGAAGCCCUAUGAGAUCAACCUCAUGGAGGAGCUUACAUUGAAGGGGGUGACUCAGUAUUACGCCUACGUCACCGAAAGGCAAAAAGUUCAUUGCCUCAACACCUUGUUCUCCAGGCUCCAGAUCAACCAGUCUAUAAUCUUCUGCAACUCCUCUCAGAGAGUGGAGCUCCUUGCCAAGAAGAUCUCCCAGCUCGGUUACUCGUGUUUCUACAUUCAUGCCAAGAUGAGACAGGAACAUCGCAACCGUGUGUUCCACGACUUCCGAAAUGGUCUCUGUCGAAAUCUCGUCUGCACUGACCUCUUCACAAGAGGAAUAGACAUUCAAGCUGUGAAUGUUGUAAUCAACUUUGACUUCCCGAAGCUGGGAGAGACGUACCUUCAUCGCAUUGGCAGAUCUGGCCGAUUUGGACACUUGGGUCUGGCCAUCAACCUGAUCACAUAUGAUGAUCGCUUCAACCUGAAAGGCAUUGAAGAACAGUUGGGAACAGAGAUCAAGCCCAUCCCCGGCAUCAUUGACAAGAGCCUGUAUGUGGCAGAGUACCACAGUGAGAGUGGCGAAGAAGUUAAGCCAUGAGCCAAUCAGUCCAUCCACCAUUCCCCUUUGGACCCACCCCAACUUGUAUUUGUUAUCCCCUUUAACAUAUGGAGCCUU